AUGGCUAUUCAGGCUUUGUCAGUAUAUACAACUGGCAUGCAUGGUUCUGUCAAAGAACCAGCAAAAUUCAAUGAUACUGCACAAACAACUCCGAAUCCAGCACAUUUGACUUGGUAUCGCCAAGAUCAGAUAAUUACCAGUGCUUUACAUGGGAGCUGUUCAGACACCAUACAACCUCUUAUAGCUUCCGCAUCCACUACUUGUGAUGCCUGGCAACGGUUCGUUGCUAGCUAUGCUAGUGCCUCCCGAGGACGGAUCCUUUCCCUCAAGGCCAAGCUUACCAGAAAUCCGAAGGGUAAUUGGUCAGUCACCGCAUUUUUGAAUGACAUGCGAUCCAUAGCUGACGAUCUCGCCUUGGCUCAAUGCCCUAUUUCUGAUGAAGACAUGGUUGUGUACAUUUUAACACAACUAGGGGACGAGUAUAGCUCCAUCGUAUCUGCCGUUCGUAUCCGUGACAAACCCAUUUCUUUGGGAGAGUUAGCCGAUGCGCUCACGGAUCAUGAACGUCAGUUGGCUGAAGUCGAUGAUGCUCGCCAAUCUCUUUUGGCUACUGCUAAUGCCUACCAGCGUGGUCCUUCGGUUUCUCGAAAUAUUCAGCACUCCACUGCCGAUCGGAGGUCCCGCAACAACACCAACAACACGUAUGGCAAUAAUAGACCGAAUUGGUCGCACAACAGCAACACAGCUAUCAGCUAA